UAUAUAUAUAUCUAAUUAUAGACUUGGAUACUUGUACCAGCUCUGAAAUUCUCUCUGCUAUAACUUCUUCAUUAGCUCAAACUUCAAUCAGAUUGGAACCAAGUUUCGAAGCCAUGGCUGAGUUGAUCCUCUCUCCAAUUGUUGACAAAAUCAUUGGGCGUUUGGGAUCUGAUGCUGUGAAACAGAUCUCUCUGGUUUGGGGUGUCAACAAUGAGCUCCAACAGCUCAAUGAAACCAUUUCAACUAUCAAAGCAGUGCUUCUCGAUGCCGAGAAGAAGCAGUCCCACAACAACCAAGUCAACAACUGGCUCCACAGGCUGGGCAAUGCAGUUCUUGAAGCCGACGACUUGAUGGACGAGGUCGACACUCAAGCUCUACGACGCCAACUCAGGAUGUCUCGAAACCCAAUGGCCAACCAGGUUUGCACUUUCUUUUCCGGAUCCAACCAACUUGCUUUUCGGUUCAAGAUGAGUCGUAGAAUAGAAGGCAUCAAGAAAAAACUGGCUGCCAUUUCCAUUGAUGAAAAUUUACUUUUAGAGAAAGGACGUGAAGAGACUCCGAGUGUUAGGAGAGUGAGAGAUACUCACUCCUAUGUACGUAAGGAAGAUGUUAUUGGGAGAGAUGGGGAUAGAUCUGUUAUCAUAGAUAAGCUUUUGUUGGAGAGUUGUGAGGAGAGUGUCUUGGUGCUAGCCAUUGUAGGCAUAGGUGGGUUAGGAAAAACCACUCUUGCUCAAAGUAUUUUUAAUGAUGAGCAAGUUCAAAAGCAUUUUGAGUUAAAGAUCUGGGUGUGUGUGUCUGAUAAUUUUGACUUGAAAUUAAUUGUGAAAAGCAUCAUUGAGUCUGCGAAAGGUGAGAAUACUGUGGGAGACAUAGGAAUGGAGCCGCUACGGAAGAAACUUGGAGAAGUACUUGGUGGCAAGCGGUAUUUUCUUGUACUAGAUGAUAUGUGGGAGGAAAAUCGUAAUAAGUUGUUGGAGUUGACAACUUUAAUCAUAAGUGGUGAAAAUGUAGGGAGUAGAGUUGUAGUAACUACUCGGAGUGAAAAGAGUGCUAAAUUUAUAGCUACCAAACAACAACCAUAUCAAUUGGGGAUUCUUGAUGAAGAUCAAUCUUGGUCUCUGUUUAGAAAAAUGGCUUUUGAAGAUGGAACACUAGAGCUCGAAAACACUAGUGUUGUGAAGAUUGGAAAGGAGAUUGUGGAAAGGUGCAAAGGAAUCCCGCUAGCCAUAAAAACAAUAGGAAAUCUAUUGUAUGGUAAAAGUAAAGAGUCGGAGUGGUCUUCCUUUAAUAAAGAAUUUUCAAAAAUACCAAAACAACAAGAUGAUGAUAUCUUACCCACCCUUAGAUUGAGCUAUGAUCAUCUUGACUCCCAUUUGAAACUUUGUUUUGCCUAUUGUAGUUUAUUUCCUAAAGACUACGAAAUGGAGGUGAAAGAUUUAGUUAACCUUUGGAUGGCUCAAGGAUUUCUUAAGCUAUCAGAUCCAAGUCAAGAUCAAUGUUUGGAGGAUGAGGGUUAUGAAUGCUUUAUGAAUUUGUUACAAGGGUCAUUCUUUCAAGAUGUUGAAGUAGAUAAAUGUGGCAUUAUAAAAAGAUGCAAAAUGCAUGAUCUGAUGCAUGAUCUUGCAGUUCGAGUAGGAGGAGCAGAAUGCGCUACUUUUGUAAUUUCAAAUGGCCAAGCAAAUAUCAAGGAAACUACUCAUCACGUGUCCUUUGCAAGUCAUACUUACUCAAAAAGUGAAAUUUCAGUUUCGUUGGCUCAUGCCAAAAAGAUUCGAACAAUUCUUCACUUUUCUGCUUCAAAGGACAAGACAUUUUGCGAUGCAAUUAUAUCAAACUGUAAGUCCAUACGUUGUUUGGGUUUAAAUAAUUCAAGGAUGAAGUUAGUAUACAAUUCUAUUGGGAAGUUGAAACACUUGAGAUAUUUAGAUCUCUCAUGGAAUCCUGGACUCAAGGUGCUUCCCAAUUCUAUUACUAAUUUGCUGAAUUUGCAAACACUGAAACUCAAUCAAUGCUCACAACUCCAAGAACUACCGAGAGAUAUCGAGAAACUCAUCAAUCUUAGGCAUCUUGACCUUUCUUCAUGUGAUAAAUUGAAUUCCUUACCAAGUGGACUAGGUCAGUUAAUGCAAUUGAGAUACUUGGAUCUUUCUUGGAAUGAUGGUCUAUUGUUACUACCGGAUUCAACUAAUUGUUUGUCGAAUUUGCAAAUACUGAAACUCAAUCGUUGCUCUGAGCUCCAAGAAUUGCCUAGAGAUAUUGAGAAACUCUUCAACCUUGAGCAUCUUGAAAUUUCUCAUUGUGAUAAAUUAGAGUAUAUGCCACACGGACUAGGCCAGCUAGCUAAUCUUCAGACAUUAUCGAAGUACGUGCUGAUGAAGAGAGAGAGUUCUAUCCCAAGGUCUGGUGGUGAGCUAAAAGAAUUGAUGAGACUGAACAACUUGAGAGGCGAUUUGGAAGUUAUAAAUCUGAGCCAUGAGAAAGAUGUGGUAGCAGAGUAUGGGAGAGCAGAAAUAAAGGAUAAAAAAUAUCUUCGAUCCCUGACAUUGGAGUGGGAUUCUCGUGUUGAAAUUGAUGAGGCAGAGGCCAUUGUUGGUUAUGAAAUGUCAAUAGAAUGCCUUCAGCCACACGAAAAUCUUCUACAACUGAGGUUAAGAAAUUAUGGGGGUGCUAAGCUCUCCACCUGGCUCUCAUCACUUACAAACUUAGUCGACUUAACUUUGGUGGAUUGCAAGAAAUGUGAGUAUCUAGUUUCAUUGAAUCAAUUCCACUGUCUCAAGGUUUUGAAUCUUCAGAACUUGGAGUCUUUAGAGUACAUAUCCAGCAAUAAUUGCAAUGAAGACUUAGUUGGGUCAACAAAAACAUUAUUGCCAUCUCUACGGAAACUUGAUUUGAGAGGUUUGCGUAAUCUAAAGGGAUGGUGGAGAGAAGAAGUUGAUCAUUCUUUUGCUGCUGCAAUUAGUGGUAAAGAAGAAGACAAACACAAACACAAACACAUGCCCUUGCCUUAUCUCCCUUCUCUUUCAACUUUAGAGAUAUGGAAUUGUCCUAAGCUGACUUGCAUGCCACUUUACCCACAUUUGGAACAUUUGACUCUGGAGAACAGCAGCUUGAAGCCAUUGGAAGAGACGUUAAGAAUAAAGAUGAUGAUGAUGAGCAGUAGCGCUGGGUCAUUGAAAGAUCUAACUCUAACAGCCAUUGAGGAUCUAGAAUGUCUUCCAGACUCAUUUGAGAGCCUUACUUCUCUCAAUUGCUUGUUUAUUAAUAAUUGCCCUAAAUUGAAGCAUCUGUGUCCAGGUAUUCUACAUCUCUCGUCACUUCGAAAACUAUGGAUUUCAAAUUGUGAGGGGUUAGCAGACAUGCUUAAUGGUGAUGAUGGCAUUAUGUGGAAAGCCCUAAAUGGAAGCCUCCACUUUCUAUGUCUUGAGACGUUGCCAAGUAUAGCGACUGUUCUUCCUAAGGGUAUCCGACAUCUUACAAGUCUGCAACAACUUGAAGUUUCAAGGAGUGAUAGUCUAACAACAAUUCCAGAGUGGAUCCACAACCUCAAAUCACUUAAGAUGCUUAGGUUAUAUGGAUGCUCCAAUCUGACAUCAUUACCUGAUGGAAUUCGAAGCCUCACCAUUUUGAACUCACUCACUAUACGGGACUGUCCCAUGUUAUUGAAGAGAUGCAAAAGGGAAAUAGGUGAAGAUUGGGAUAAGGUUUCUCAUAUACAACGCUUGCACUUAUAUCCAGAACCCAACCAAGAAGAAAAUGAGGAGGAAGCGAGAGAAGAAGAGCAAGUAAGAAAGAAGGAAUCUAAGGGUUGUCAGGAGGAUGUGGCAUUGAGAGAGAUGAUUGUUCCAACAGCAAGAGAAGCACAAGAGCCAGCGAGAGCAAGAGAUGUUGUGGGAACUAAGUCGUGCAUUGGCUGUUUUAGCUUCUGCAUCUUCAGUUAGUAGAGAAUAUGUAGAGUUCCUUGGGCUUGUAAAUAGGGAGCUGCAUCGCUACAAGGAAAUCAUUGAAAUGGAAACUUGUUAUGUUCAUUGUGAGGAUAAUGUCAUCUUCAAUUUUUUUGUGCAUGACCAACUAGAGCAGAGAUUAACAUCCAAGAGGCAACAAUGAGUUGUUUCUAGUUCUAAUGGUAGCAGAGAAAUGUCUAAAAAAGUCAAUCAGUCCAAUGAUCUGCACUCAUGGUUUCUAGUUUUUCAGGUUGUGCUGAUCCUCUUCCUCUGGGGUCUUCUCAUGUGGCUGGGAUGUGAUGUUGGCAUUGAUUUGGGUGAUUGGGCUUGCUUGGAUCAGAUCUUGGCUGCAAGAAUUUUUAUAUAAGCUCCUUCUAGUCGCGUUUAGCUUCUUGAAACUAGACCCCCUGGUGUUUUGAGUCCAAAAAUAGUUCUUGUCUGCAUCAAUUCAGUCAAAUGGAGAUUAAUAAUGUGCUUGAUUUAUUAGUUUCUUUUGGUAUUCAAGUUUCUCACCAACACACUAAUGGCGUAAUUCUACCGAACUUUGUUUGUUGUUUGGUUAUUAGAGACCUUGUAUCAUUUUAGUAAUUGCUGACUCACAAUUUAGCCUAAUUACUCUUUUCUCUGUCUAGACAUUUUUGUUUUCUUUCAUUGAGAGAAGUUUCAUUGAGGCAUUUUGUGGGAUGAUGUUAUCCAACAGGAUGUUCUUGGGAACUCAUCUAGAUUUUUUGUAGCCAUUGGGCAGUGAAUCUUCUGAAUCUGAAAUUUCUUUGUAGUGUUCCUCUUUUCAGAGCCUUUUGGCAGUUUAUUUUGA